CUCUUUUAAUAGUCACGUGAAAUUUAUGUUUAAUCAUAAAUUUGUUAACAGAUAAUUUUACACGGAAAAGAAAGUGGCUUUUAGAUACAAAUUGAAAUUUGUGCUGGGCUAAAACUACGAUAACUGUGCUGAUAGUGGAUCAAUUCUGACCUUAUAGUGCAUCAUACGUAGGAAUUAUAAAAGUUCAUAUAAACAUUCUAAUAGUUUGUUGUAGUGGCGCCAUAACUAAUCUUCUCAAAUAAUGCCUUUAACGUAUCUUUAUACACCCUCCAACAACUCUAUUGUUCUCAUCUCGCCAACGAACACUUUAAUUUAAACACCCUCUACCCUCAUAUAUAAAUAAACACAUCGUCCACCCUCUCAAUCGGUCAGCACAACAAGCUUCAUCCAUAGUUGAGCUCGAAGCAUCAGCCACAGAGUUCCACAGCGAUUCGAAGCACAGAAAACAAAGAGUUGAUUAACUCGGUAGAUCUCAAGUAGUGUAUAUACAAAAUGGAGUUUUGUCUUAAAUUCUUAUCCUUCUCUCUGCUUUUCCUCGCCUCUGCUACUCUGCCCUACGGCCACAUCGCCUUCUUCGACGACUUCUGGCAGAAUCGCGCGGCUGAGGCUCGCAACAACACGUUGAAUGCCCACGUCUCCGAUCCGGAGACCGUCGUCAACAGCUUCAAUGCGGCCGCAGCCAAUUUUCCGAUUAGUAACAGAACGGGGAGAAGCCUCCAGGGCCGAGGCAAGAGAGGUGGCCUGUGCUUCGCGACGAAUCCCAUCGACCGAUGCUGGCGGUGCCGCGCGGAUUGGGCGAGCGACCGCAAACGUCUGGCGCAGUGCUCCAAGGGGUUCGGCCACGCCGCCUCGGGCGGCGUCCUCGGGCGGAUGUUCGUGGUGACCGACCCCUCCGACGACGACCUCAUGGACCCCCGCCCCGGCACGCUCCGGUACGGCGUCACCCGCGCCGCGCCGCUGUGGAUCGUCUUCGCCCGCGACAUGGUCAUCCGCCUGCAGCAGGAGCUGAUGAUCAACAGCUACAAGACGAUCGACGGGCGGGGCGCCGACGUGCACAUCGCCUACGGCGCGGGGCUCACCAUCCAGUUCGUUCAGCACGUGAUCGUCCACAAUUUGCACAUCCACGACAUCAAACCCGGCUCCGGCGGCAACAUCCGCGACUCCGAGCACCAUUGGGGCAUCCGCACCCUCAGCGACGGCGACGGCAUCAACAUCUUCGGCGCCUCCAACAUCUGGAUCGACCACAUCUCCAUGUUCAACUGCGCCGACGGUCUCAUCGACGCCAUCGAGGCCUCCACCGCCAUCACCAUCUCCAACUGCCAUCUUACCCGCCACAACGACGUGAUCUUGUUGGGUGCCAGCGACUCGAAUUCAGCGGAUGCUAAGAUGCAGGUGACGAUCGCGUACAACCACUUUGGGCACGGCCUCGUGCAGAGGAUGCCCAGGUGCCGAUGGGGAUUCAUCCACGUGGUCAACAACGACUACACGCAUUGGCUGAUGUACGCCGUCGGCGGCAGCAUGCACCCCACCAUCAUCUGCCAAGGCAACCGAUUUCUCGGCCCGCCAAAUCAAGCCGCCAAAGAAGUGACGCACAGGGAGUCCGCGGCUGAAUCCGAGUGGAAGAACUGGAACUGGCGGUCGGAGGACGACCUGUACAUGAACGGAGCCUUCUUCGUGCAGUCGGGCCUCGAUACGGCUGGUGGCUUUUCCGGGCACCAACUCAUCAAGGCGAAGCCGGGGACGGCGGUCGGACGCCUCACUCGCUUCGCCGGCGUUCUCGACUGCCGCCCUAAUCGCCCCUGCUGAUCCACGUCACGGCCUGCAUCGACGCAGUGCAUGUGAUUAUGAUGGAGGAAGAGCGCCAAUGUGGAGAGUGGAUCGAUCGAUAAAUGGAUUAAUUUAAUUGUCAGUAA